AUGAUCACCACAGUACAAGCUCGUUUCAGAACUGAGAACACUUUAGCUUCUGUUAACAUGACUUGUUUAAUUCUGUCAGGAGAACAUCGCUCUUUAGUAGAUUCUUCUGAAACUGUUAUGAAUGUUGGAAAUGAACAGAAAGAUGACCAUAGUGAAAUGAUGAAGGUCAAGUCGAAAGCAAUACAUGAUCGAGAACCUCAAUUUAAAACAAACAAAAAGUCACAAUCAAAAAAUCAUCAAAGUUUAGUCCAUGCAGUGAACAAGGAAAUAAUGACAGUGUUCCCAAACAACAAGGAAUGCAAGCACAAUCCAACCUUAAUGUACAAAAAGACAACAGAAACAGCGGCUACACCCAAAGAUGAACCCUCCUUGUCCAGUGACUCAACUCCAAAUCAAACUCGCACCACCUUGAGCGGAGCCUUGUCUUUAAUGAGACAUGAUAUUUACCGUAGAAAUGAGGAAUUUUAUGACACACAGCUCUUAAUGUUGGAGAAGGAUGAUGCUGAUUCAAAAUUAUCCAUGGUUGAAACAGAAGGAGAGAUGAAUGGUGUGUAUAGUGAACAUGAAAAUUCUCUUAUCGAACAUUCAAAAUUGUCACAAGCUGUGUUGAAUGAACAAGAAGUAGAAGAAUUGUUUUUAAGGAGAGAACGAUUAAAGGAGAUGGAUCAGCAAAUCCAAGAACUUAAACAACAGGAAAGAACGCUCAAGGAACGUUCAAAACACAAGAUUGAUCUCCUUCACAAGUACAACAAAAUCAAAGAUAUUUGUCAAUUUUUAAUCGAAAAGUUAGCACUCAUUGAGAAUAGAACAGUAACAAGCAUUUACGAAGAGUACAAUCUUGAAAAUGAGGAUUAA